AUGGACCAGACUCAGGAAGCCAAACUGGCUCUGGAGGAGAUGAAUGAAGAUCUAUGCAGAACGCGGCGUUCAACAGUUAUUGAAGGGGGGAGGGUGCUUCAGCCGGAGGAGAUUUCUCGCUUUGCAGUUCAACAAGUUCAUUUGACAAAUGAGAAAAUCGGUGCCUUGGUAAGCGGCUUGACCGAGGUCACAUGGGUAGCAGGGGGCCUUGCUAUCCUGACCAUCACUGGCAUAGAGGGACAGGAAUGGAAUACUGGGGACACCUUGGGGAGACAGUCAGGUGCCAUUGCAGAAAACUUCAGGAAAAAGAUCAAGCAGAAGGAGCUAUUGCUGCUUCUGCUGCUGUCCCAGCUCUUCGAGGAGUCCCUUUCUCAAUAUCAUCCAGGGAUUGAGAUUCAUGUCCCAGUAACAGAGACUGUACAGGAAGGACUGUGUAUUUUCAUCACCUGCUCCUUCAAUUACUCCCAAGAGUAUAGUAAUAAUGACACAGCCUAUGGACAUUGGAAAAAAGAGAAUAAAGUGGUGGCCACCACCAACAUCAGCAUGAAUGUCCAUCCCCAGGACCAGAACCGAUUCCAUAUCAUUGGGGACCUACAGAUGAACAACUGCUCCUUGAGAAUUACUGGGGUCCAGAAACAGGAUAGUGGGAAUUACUCAUUCUGGCUGGAGAAGGGGAAUCUGACAGCCAAUUCCACAUAUAAAAUGCUGUUUCUCCAGGUAGAAGAUCUGACAAUGAAGCCAAAGAUCAACAUUACAGACAUUCUGGAGGCUGGGCGCCAAGUGACCCUGAUUUGUAUAGCUCCUGGAGACUGUAGAGAGGGGACACCCCCCAACUUCCUCUGGACUGCCUCUGCUCUGUCCUCCCAGGGAUUUGAUUCCAGUGAUCUUAACUCCUCCAAACUCCUCUUCACCCCCAAGGCCCAGGACCACGGCACUAACCUCACCUGUCAGGUGACAUUCCCAGAUGCCAAUGUGACCACAGAGACAACUGUCCAGCUCAGUGUGGCCUACCCCCCAAGGAUACUUGGCCCCUUUUGCUUCCGGGUAGAGGAAGGAUUACUCUGCACUUGCUCUGUCCAGGGAGAGCUGAGACCUUCCUUGCAAUGGUGGGUAGGAGAGAGUAUUGUGGAUGGGAACAGCAGUGACAACAGCAGUGACGAUACCAUCUAUGUGGAAUACAACAACUCUACAACCGGGAUCAAUAGCAGUCUGACCCUGACAAAGGAGUUGGACACUGACCUUAGCAUCCGCUGUGAAGGGAAGAACCUCCAUGGGACCCAAAGUGGCAUUGUCCUGAUACUGGUGCCAGGUAAAGCCUCUUCCAGUCCCUGGAAGUACUUGUCAUGGAUGAUUAAGGGAGCCCUGUGUGGAAUCAUGUCUGCUCUGCUCUCCGCAUGCCUGGCAAUCUGCUUAAUGAAGAUGCCUAAGAGGAAGUCUUCAAAGAGAAACUUGGAAGCAGCAACACCUGAGACAAGAACUAAACAUGUCUCCACUGUCAACCCACUGGCUGAACAUGAGAAUCCUGAGAAGGACAGCCCCUUGGAGCACCCUCCCUCACCUGUGCUGGUGUCUUGCUCACAGACGGGGGAGGACCAGGUGCACUAUGCCUCCAUCUCUUUCCAAACCAAGAAGCCCCAAAAGACUCCCAAGCCAGAAGACACCCAGACUCAUUAUUCAGAGCUCAAGUUCUGA